AAAAAACAAAGACGCCUGCUCCUCACCCACGCCCUAUUUAAUGCCUCGCUAUUUUGAUUGCUCUCUUCUUCUUUUAUCCAUCUUUUUAUAAGAAAUUGACAUGGAUUUUGUACCUGUUGCAGUAACCGAUGAAGAUGGUAAUGAGAUAGACAUCAAUUUAUCCUCAAGCCAUAUAGAACAGUUCCAGACCAUGCUUUCAAAACCAACACCACCCACUCUAAGGCAUCCAACUCAAUAUGAUAUGAUCGAACUACUCAACCAAAACUGGGAAAUCAAGCCAAGCCAACAUUUUACUGCGACAAAAGUGCUAAUCGGGUCUGUAAUCAUCGAUACUGAAAAUAAUUACGGUCUCCUUAUUUUGAUAUUUGGAGUAUAUGGUCGUGACCCUGACAUCGAUAGCCACGCUGAACAACGUAGCUCUACUGGUUCAACAAGGCAAACGACAUCUGUACCGUCUGUAGGCCAGAAUGAUUUUGAGAUUUUUACCAUGCGCCAAACCGAAGGCAGCAACAUUUCAAUUGAACUUAUACUUGGUACCCACUCUUUCAACGCCCUUGUGAUUGCUAGUACACGUAUUGACAACUUGGUUGAUCAUCCGGAAUGCGGACCGUGAAAGCACUGUACCGUCUGCUGCGCAAAGUUGUUUUUU